GUCGUUCAGUUGAAUGACAGUCACAGCUACACACACACUUCCUUUAUGGUUCAGUUAAAUGACAGUCACAGCUACACACACACUUCCUUUAUGGUUCAGUUGAAUGACAGUCAUAGCUACACACACACUUCCUUUAUGGUUCAGUUAAAUGACAGUCACAGCUACACACACACUUCCUUUAUGGUUCAGUUAAAUGACAGUCACAGCUACACACACACUUCCUUUAUGGUUCAGUUGAAUGACAGUCAUAGCUACACACACACUGCCUUUAUGGUUCAGUUAAAUGACAGUCACAGCUAUACACACACUUCCUUUAUGGUUCAGUUAAAUGACAGUCACAGCUACACACACACUUCCUUUAUGGUUCAGUUAAAUGACAGUCACACCAGUGUGCAUAUUUGUCUCUUUGUAAGAAAACAUAGCAUAGGCCUAUGCAAUGUCUGAGACAUGUUUCCAUAUUGAUUUCACACACGUAUUGCACUUUAUUUGACUGCUGUUGUUGAGUAAUCGUGUUUUCAUUUAAGUAAAUCCAAAGUGUUAUUCCUGAUGGUCUCAUCAGACAUUAUAUGACUCAUGAUCAUAUAUGGAAUCAGGAAUAACAACACUUUGGAUUUUCUCAAAGAGACUAAAAGUAACUACACUGUUGGCAUUUCAUUUUCCUUCUGUACCGAAACCAAACCAAGAGCCCAAAAUGGCAAUCCUGGGCAGGUUUGAUGAAGCAUUUCACCCCUACAGUGUUGUCAGUGUAACAGUAAUCCUAUGUGUGUUGGAUCACCAGGUCCAGACCCGCAGCGCUGAUGAACCCAUGACCACCUUCGUCUUCUGUAACGACUGUGGAAACAGAUGGAAGUUCUGUUGAGGCCGGGAGCAGGAGACCUCCAGAUCUACACCCCUGUUACCAAGCAACCAACCAUACAGAUGCACCCACUGUUUCUAUUGGAAGAUAUUGUCCAUAGCCACGCCCCUGUCGUCCCCGUCCCCCCCCAGCUAUUUAGAUGAUCACUAUUGUUGUCCCACUGUUUCUAUUGGACGAUAUUGUCCAUCGCCACGCCCACCCCCUAUUUCUUAUUUUACCAUCGAUACAUUUUUAUAUGUAGUUUAAACAUUUUGACAAAACUUGGAUCUACAAUUUACUAUUGAUUUUAACUUCUUCGACCUUCAUGAAUUUCUAUUUAAUUUAAUGUACCAGUAAAAUUUUAUCCAUUUGUUUAGAAAUAACGUCUCCGUUUUUUUGAAUGUCCUGAACAAGUUCUGGUACAAACAUCCUCUAGGACGGGUUUCCCAGACCAACAUUAAAGGUAGAGUCAGCAAUGCAUGAGGUAGACACGGCAGUAUCGGGCAGACCUCCACAACAGGAGUCUAUACCCUGACCUCCACAACAGGAGUCUAUACCCUGACCUCCACAACAGGAGUCUAUACCCUGACCUCCACAACAGGAGUCAAUACCCUGACCUCCACAACAGGAGUCUAUACCCUGACCUCCACAACAGGAGUCUAUACCCUGACCUCCACAACAGGAGUCUAUACCCUGACCUCCACAAAAGGAGUCUAUACCCUGACCUCCACAACAGGAGUCUAUACCCUGACCUCCACAACAGGAGUCUAUACCCUGACCUCCACAACAGGAGUCUAUACCCUGACCUCCACAACCGGAGUCUAUACCCUGACCUCCACAACAGGAGUCUAUACCCUGACCUCCACAACAGGAGUCUAUACCCUGACCUCCACAACAACAGAGUGUGAAGCAGGAGUCUAUACUUUAAGCGUGAAUGAUAAAUGUCCCUGUGUGAAUAUGAAUGAGGUCAGAGAACUGAUGGAUGACUGUGAUUGAUUGGUUGAGCCAGCAGGACACAAUGGAGCCUCUUCCUUUGUGGUAUUCAAGUGCAGACACUCCACCACAGGAAGAGAAGGUGGCUAGCCAGGGGCCCAUGCAGCCAGGGGCCCAUACAGCCAGGGGCCCAUGCAGCCAGGGGCCCAUGCAGCCAGGGGCCCAUGCAGCCAGGGGCCCAUGCAGCCAGGGGCCCAUACAGCCAGAGGAACAUGCAGCCAGAGGCCCAUGCAGCCAGGGGCCCAUGCAGCCAGAGGCCCAUGCAGCCAGGGGCCCCACCACAGGAAGAGAAGGUGGCUGCUCUGUUCUGACACACAGGGGCCCAUACAGCCAGGGGCCCAUACAGCCAGAGGCCCAUGCAGCCAGGGGCCCAUGCAGCCAGGGGCCCAUACAGCCAGAGGAACAUGCAGCCAGAGGCCCAUGCAGCCAGGGGCCCAUGCAGCCAGAGGCCCAUGCAGCCAGGGGCCCCACCACAGGAAGAGAAGGUGGCUAGCCAGGGGCCCAUGCAGCCAGGGGCCCAUGCAGCCAGGGGCCCAUGUAGCCAGGGGCCCAUGCAGCCAGGGGCCCAUGCAGCCAGGGGCCCCACCACAGGAAGAGAAGGUGGCUAGCCAGGGGCCCAUACAGCCAGGGGCCCAUGCAGCCAGGGGCCCAUGCAGCCAGGGGCCCAUGCAGCCAGGGGAACAUGCAGCCAGGGGCCCCACCACAGGAAGAGAAGGUGGCUAGCCAGGGGCCCAUGCAGCCAGGGGCCCAUGCAGCCAGGGGAACAUGCAGCCAGGGGCCCAUGCAGCCAGGGGAACAUGCACAGAAACACACCCACCCACUCUGAAAUGCACACACAACUAGUCCAGAGGAGCCACACUGCAGAGGAGCCACACUUCUCCAGUCUGUUUAAACCGUCACUGAAGAGAAGACAGCAUUGAACUACAACACAAGACAGUACAAUUAUUCUGCUUUUUAUUCAAAAUGGCAACAAAUCAUUAUUUUCUUGGAAUAAAACAGAAGAAAAAUUAAACAAUUUUUACUGUAAACAUUCACAUAUUUGUUAAAAAAAUGUAUCCUUUCGUAAAGUCACUGCAAAAGAACACGGUUGAUUAUAUGAACAGAAACAAUGAACAUGUAUAAGCAGUCUCUCCUAACCCAAUGAACCUGUAUAAGCAGUCUCUCCUAACCCAAUGAACAUGUAUAAGCAGUCUCUCCUAACCCAAUGAACCUGUAUAAGCAGUCUCUCCUAACCCAAUGAACCUGUAUAAGCAGUCUCUCCUAACCCAAUGAACCUGUAUAAGCAGUCUCUCCUAACCCAAUGAACAUGUAUAAGCAGUCUCUCCUAACCCAAUGAACAUGUAUAAGCAGUCUCUCCUAACCCAAUGAACCUGUAUAAGCAGUCUCUCCUAACCCAAUGAACAUGUAUAAGCAGUCUCUCCUAACCCAAUGAACAUGUAUAAGCAGUCUCUCCUAACCCAAUGAACCUGUAUAAGCAGUCUCUCCUAACCCAAUGAACAUGUAUAAGCAGUCUCUCCUAACCCAAUGAACAUGUAUAAGCAGUCUCUCCUAACCCAAUGAACAUGUAUAAGCAGUCUCUCCUAACCCAAUGAACAUGUAUAAGCAGUCUCUCCUAACCCAAUGAACCUGUAUAAGCAGUCUCUCCUAACCCAAUGAACAUGUAUAAGCAGUCUCUCCUAACCUUACCCUGUAUAAGCAGUCUCUCCUAACCUUACCAAUGAACCUGUAUAAGCAGUCUCUCCUAACCCAAUGAACCUGUAUAAGCAGUCUCUCCUAACCUUAACCUGUAUAAGCAGUCUCUCCUAACCUUACCCUGUAUAAUCAGUCUCUCCUAACCUUUAGAUUGUGUUUGAGGUUUAUCUGUGUUCUAUUCAUCACCUCAUAUUGCACAUAAGAAAGAUUCUACUCUAAAAGGCGUCCCAAAUAGCACCCUAUUCCCUAUAUGGUGCACUACUGUUGACCAGGAUCCUAUUCCCUAUAUAGUGCAC